GUCAGCUACCAUAUACAGCUUUCAGUAUGAUGGUAAUUCACUUUCUUCAACAAUUGAAGAAACCUGUUUUACCUCUGAUCGAUGUUUUUUCGGAAAAAUGGAUCCAUUUACCAAGAAGAAUAUAUCUUCAGGAAUUAUACUGUAUAAGGAAAGGCAAUUUAUAAAAUCAAGCUUUCACAUGCUAUUAAAAUAUUUCCAGUCUUCUGAAGAGGAAUAUGCCAAAGUUGACAUUUCUGCUUCCUCGACAGCAUUUACAACUGCGCAGAAAUUAAGACAAAAUUCUUUCACUUGUUUUGCCCUCAAAGAAUUCUCAACUACAAAGUCACAUCUGAUUCCAGAACAACUGAACAAAAUUGAAGGUGUCUUGCGUGAAAUUUAUAGGGAAUACGCUCUCUCAGCUGAGGAAAUUCGAAAAAGAAAGACUUUUGUUGAAGAUUUAGAAAAAUAUAUCCAGGAGAGAGUACCUGGAGCCGAGCUGGUAAUGAUUGGUUCAGGAGUAAACGGAUUUGGUUUAAAAGACAGUGAUGUAGAUAUCUCCAUGUGUGUUGCUGAUGAAACAGAGGAUGAACAAGCGCUACUGAAAGAAACAAAAUACCAUCUCAUGCGAAACAAGAAAUACGAUAAUAUCCUGUUAUUGGGCAAAGCUGUUACACCUAUCAUUAAAUUCCUUUAUAAACCAUUAAAUUACCAAGUUGACAUCUGUAUUAACAACUUUCCGACUGUACAUAAUUCUCAUCUUCUGAGGACCUACUGCAAAUACGACGAAAGGUGCAAGUUAUUGGGUUGCGCCCUAAAGGUUCUCGCUAAGAAAAACGAUAUUUGCUCAGCAGCCAAGCAGACUUUAUCAUCGUAUAGUUAUAUUUUAAUGGUUAUAAAUUACCUUCAACAAGUCAAGCCUCCUGUUUUGCCAAGAUUUGAAAUUCAGGAUGAAAAUGUUUUUCAAGAUAAUUUAAAAGUACCGUUCAGAACGUUGGUAAAAAAUAAGUGGAUGUAUGAAGACAGACAAACUCUGAGAAAAUUACACAGUUUGAAGGACAACAGCACAUCCCUCCCAGAACUAUGGUUGGGCCUAUUAAAAUAUUAUUCCAGCAAAAAGGAGAACGUUAUCUCAAUAAGAAAGGAACGGAUGGAAGUGACAGAUCUGCCCAAAAACGCUGCGCUUUAUAACAUCGAUGAUCCAUUCAUAAAGAAAAAUUUAGGAUGUUCUCUUAGCGGGCAUAAUGUUUCUAAAGUACUGAGCGUUUUAAACAGAGCGAUAUAUCUACUAGAAAAUGAAGUUCCAGAUUCUAUCAAAGAUCUGAAAGAUUAUUAUUUUUGCCUAAAAUAAUUUUUCAGAAAUUUCUAUAGUGAAUGGGAAAUCUAAGUGAAUGGUUUCUGAAUUCGCUUAAAAUUGCUAAAAGAAGAAAUAUUCGGCUAAGAAUGGACCGUAACCAGAGUGCCAAAAGUGAGUGACAAGAAUGUGUUAUAGUCACUAGUGCUUAUGUAUUACACUAGUGCAUGUUCUUCAGCAAAUGCAAUCCCAUUUCGAUUAUAUUCGAUAUUUCUCUGUCAAGGAUCCAACGGCUGUUGCAGAUUGGAAUUCAAAAGAUGUGGCAUAUUGGUGCUGAGAGGAUGAGGAGAUGUUUUCUAUCUUCAGCAUCAGAUAUAGAAUGCAUGUCUGAAUGCAUAAACUGUUUGCUAUAAAAUACUAUGUUUACAUAUAAACUUGUUUACUGUUUUCAUAGUGUCUAAUACUCUUUCUAUUAUUCCUUGAUUUAGAUACUCUUUUUCUAUUUCUAUUAUUCCUUGAUUUAGAUACUCUUUUUCUCUCUCUCUUUAAGUAUAAUGCAUUAUAAUGCUG